GGGGGGGGUUCUGUAGGAUAAGGGAUAGCGGGAGCGGUCUGAGGGGAGGUAGGCCACGCCCACCGCACACGUCACGCCCGCCGCUUACUGGAGGCCGCGGCUGUAACGUCUGAGGCGCCGGAUUUGAAAGAGAAAAGAGCGGCGGCAACUUCCUGACGAAUUUUAACCCUUUUGCCUCGAUUGCGAGUUAUUAAAACAUGGCUGCCCAUGAAUCUGACGUUUGCAGCCAUGUAAGAGUUGUAGUCAGAGUCCGUCCUCCAAACGAAAAGGAGAAAGCGGCCAAUUUUACCAACGUUGUGCAAGUGGUUGAUAAGCACAUGCUGGUUUUUGACCCAAAAGUCGAAGAAGUGAAUUUUUUUCAUGGCAGGAGCACCACCAAUCGGGACAUGACCAAAAGGAAAAAUAAAGAUCUGAAGUUUGUGUUUGAUUGCGUCUUUGAUGAUAAUUCGACUCAGCAGGAGGUUUUCGAACAGACCACGCGGGUUGUGAUCGAUGGGGUGUUGAAUGGAUAUAACUGCACAGUUUUGGCUUAUGGAGCCACAGGGGCAGGCAAGACUCACACCAUGCUGGGCUCCUCAGGACAACCUGGGGUGAUGUAUCUCACCAUGAUGGACCUGUACAACCGAAUAGAGAGCUUGAAAGAGGAAAAGGUUUGCAACGUUGCUGUUUCUUACCUAGAGGUGUACAAUGAGCAAAUCCGUGACCUACUUGCAAAUUCUGGUUCUCUUGCCGUACGAGAAGAUGCUCAGAAAGGAGUAGUAGUGCAAGGAUUAACACUACAUCAGCCAAAAUCUGCUGAGAAUAUUCUCCAAAUCCUUGACUAUGGGAAUAAGAAUAGAACUCAGCAUCCCACUGACAUGAAUGCAACUUCCUCCCGAUCACAUGCUGUAUUUCAGAUAUACUUACGACAGCAGGAUAAAAGUGCCAGUAUUAAUCAAAAUGUCCGCAUUGCCAAAAUGAGCCUUAUUGAUCUGGCUGGCUCUGAACGGGCAAGUGCCACCAAUACUAAAGGUGAACGAUUACGAGAAGGCACAAACAUUAACCGCUCCUUGUUGGCUCUUGGAAAUGUAAUUAAUGCUCUAGCAGAUCCAAAGACAAAGAAGCAACAUAUACCUUACCGAAACAGUAAGCUUACACGGCUCCUAAAAGAUUCGCUGGGAGGAAACUGUCACACUAUCAUGAUCGCUGCUGUUAGCCCCUCUUCACUGUCAUACGAUGAUACCUACAAUACUCUGAAGUAUGCAAACCGAGCCAAGGAUAUCAAAUCUGCUGUGAAGAGUAAUGUGGUUAGCCUGGACAGUCACAUUAGCCAAUAUGCUAAGAUCUGCGAGCAGCAGAAGAAAGAGAUUGCCAUGCUGAAGGAGAAAUUGAUGACCUAUGAAGAGCAAAGGAUUCCAGAGCAAAGCAAGCAGAAUCAUGGGUCCACAAACCAGCAACAGGCAGAAAUCAAGAGACACUCGGGGCGUAAGCAAAGUCAUAUGAAAAUCACAUCUUUUGGAAAAAUGAAACGCCCUAGGCAACAAACGCAGCAAGCUGGAAUCUUCAGUGUCCAUAGGGCACAAGGUGACAGUGGUGACCACUGUCUCGGGGGUUUUCUUACUUUCUCCACUACAGCUCAGGCGCUGAAUGGUAUCUGGAUGUGUCCAGCUCAUGCAGAUACAAAGGAGAUCUGCUGCCCGAAUCUGCACAUUGUGCUGGAUGAGUCCAGUUAG